AACCGUUCUCUCACUGCGCAUGCGCGGAGCGGGUAACGGGAGCUGUCCGCGUCUGUAGUGCUGCUCGGAUUUCAUUGAACGUGUGUGAGUGGGUUUAUGGACGCGAUGGAAGAAGAACUGAAAUGCCCGGUUUGCGGUUCUCUCUUCAAGGAGCCGAUUAUUUUACCGUGCUCUCAUAAUGUCUGCCUGGCGUGUGCUCGGAAUAUCAUCGUGCAGACCCCGGAGGGAGAGACCCCUCCGCAGAACCGAUGCUCCUCGGACUAUGACUAUCUGGAUAUGGACAAGAUGAGCAUGUACAGCGAGACGGACAGCGGCUACGGCUCAUACACGCCGUGCCUGAAGUCUCCCAACGGAGUGCGUGUGUUCCCGCCGGCGCUGGUGCACCGCCACUGCUCCAUCACCUGCCCGCUGUGCCACCGCAGCGUGUCCCUGGAGGAGCGCGGGCUCCGCGGCUUCCAGCGCAACCGGCUGCUGGAGGCGAUCGUGUCCCGCUACCAGCAGAGCCGCGCCGCCUCCGUCAAAUGCCAGCUGUGCGACCGCAAUCCGGUGGACGCCACGGUGAUGUGCGAGCAGUGCGAUGUGUUCUACUGCGCUCCGUGCCAGCAGCGCUGCCACCCCUCCCGCGGACCGCUGGCCAAGCACCGGCUGCUGCCGCCGGCUCCAGCGCAGGCGGGGACCGCCUCCGCGCGCAGACAGGCGACCUGCGUGGACCACGAAGCGGAGAACUACAGCAUGUACUGCGUCAGCUGCCAGACCCCCGUGUGCUACCAGUGUCUGGAGGAGGGCAAACACGGCAAGCACGACGUGAAGCCCCUGGCCGCCAUGUGGAAACAACACAAGUGUCAGCUGUCCCAGGCAUUGAAUGGAGUGUCUGACAAAGCCAAGGAGGCCAAGGAGUUCCUGGUGCAGCUGAAGAACCUGCUUCAGCAGAUACAGGAGAACGGCGUUGAGUUUGAGGCAUGUCUGGUCGCUCAGUGUGACGCUCUGAUUGAAGCGCUCACUCGGCAGAGGGCCAAACUUCUCACCAAGGUCACAAAGGAGAAAGAGAGUAAGCUGAAGACCGUAAAGGAUCAGAUAACUCACUGCACCAUGAAGCUCCGACAGACCACAGGAAUGAUGGAAUUCUGUUUGGAAGUUAUUAAAGAGAACGAUCCCAGUGGAUUCCUACAGAUCUCAGAUGCGUUGAUAAAGCGUGUGCUGGUGUCUCAGGAACAGUGGGUAAGGAGUGCGUUGGAGCCAAAGGUCUGCCCAGAAUUCGCUUUGACCGUCAACACAGAUCCUCUGAUGCAGUCGAUUCUCCAGCUGGACUUCACCCAGAAUAAAGAUGGUCAGGAGGCUGCUUUAUUGAAACAAAUGCAUGCAGGUGACCAGAAAGAGGAGGAGAGCACAGGAGCAGAGACCUCCACAGUGCCUCCUGCACCGCUGUUGCAGUUGGAAAAAUGCUGCAUGCGGAACAACAGCGCCACUCUGGCCUGGAGGAUAACUACUGUCCAAGCCCUGCCUGUAGAGGGUUACGUGCUGGAGCUGGAUGACGGGAAUAGCGGGCUUUACCGGGAAGUCUAUGUUGGGAAAGAGACCAUCUGUACAGUGGACGGCCUUCAUUUCAACAGUUCGUACAACGCUCGAGUCAAAGCGUACAACUCUGCUGGCGUGGGAGCAUACAGCAAAGUUGUUGUUUUGAAAACGUCUGAUGUGGCAUGGUUCACCUUUGACCCUACGUCAGCUCACAGAGACAUUGUCCUAUCUAAUGAAAACCAGACUGUGACUUGUAACAGUUAUGAUGAUCGUGUGGUGCUCGGGAUGGCUGCCUUCUCCAAGGGCGUGCAUUACUGGGAACUUAGUGUGGAUCGCUAUGACAACCACCCCGACCCCGCAUUCGGUGUGGCCCGGAUUAAUACGAUGAAGGACAUGAUGCUAGGGAAGGACGAUAAGGCCUGGGCCAUGUAUGUGGACAACAAUCGCUCCUGGUUCAUGCACAACAACUCCCACACCAACAGGGCUGAGGGUGGCAUCACAAAGGGUUCGACUGUGGGGAUUCUAUUAGACCUGACAAAACAUACCCUGACCUUCUUCAUCAACAAACAACAGCAUGGACCCGUCGCUUUCGAGAACCUGGAGGGUGUGUUCAUGCCUGCAGUUAGCCUCAACCGCAACGUCCAGGUGACUCUAAUCACAGGUCUGGAAGUCCCAAAGAGCAUCAUGUGAUCAUCUUGGAUCAAUAAGAACGAGCCAGACCUUUCUUGUUAAACAAAUCAGUGCUCUACUCUUAUACUGCACUGACAUAUAAUGCUAAUAUUAAUAAUAUUUUUCCCCUCAUGGUCAUAUGGGUGAUUUGCAUUGCAGAGUUUCCAAAUCAUUCCCAUGUUUACAGAAAAGCAAACCGCGAUGUCCCCACGGGGGCCAAAACUGGAGUCGGACCCAAAAGCACUUUGUAUGCCUCUUUUUCAUACCUCCAACGAAAGAUAGCACAGUUUCAAAAACAUAUUUGGAUUAAAACCAAUUUACCAGCCAUUUGAUAUGUUAGCAAUGGAACAGAGUAUUCAAACGCAACCGAUAGUGAUCAAACAACUGUGAGACACAAAUCUCAGGUUUACUCACCUUUAGGGUGCGUUCACACUUGUCAUGUUUGGUUUGAUUAAAACGAACCCUGGUGCGAUUGCUCUGUUAGUACGGUUCAUUUGAGUAAGUGUGAAUGCUGCCAUCCAAGCCCUGAUGUGCACCAAACAAGCAGACCGAGACCGCUAAAAAGAUGGGUCUCAGUCCGCUUCCAAACGAACUCUGGUGCAGUUCGAAUUAAAUAUGAACGCAACACAGACCAAAUACUUCUAAACGAACCAAAAGCAGGAAGUAAUGACUAGAUGCAACGCUAUGCGACUGUAACCAAAACAGAAUGAGCAUAGGGCAAACGUGUAGCAACAAUGAGGUAAAGUGCCUUUUAUGAGCUCCUUGUGAGUUUGCAGGUGGUGAAAAUAAAAUUAUAUCUAGAUGCAAGAAUGAGCACGCUUAGUCCAGCAGACCGCAUUAGAUGUGUUUGGUUUAAAGCUUUGAUAUCAUACACCCACAGCGCCGCUUUAAGUCUAACGCACUUUUUGUUUGCGGUGUUCGGUGAGUUCCAUCAGGAUAUAUACGUCAUUCAAGCCGACCAAUCAGGUUGUGAAAGUAUCAAUAUGGCUUUAGGUUUACUGUCAAAAAUGCUAAUGUGAACGCUAAGGAGACCAGGACUAAAUGUAUCAUUUUCCUUUUUGGGUUUAGACCAAAUGAACCAAAGAACUGAACUACAAGUGUGAACAUACCCUUAAUGUGCUUCAAAAGCCCUCAGAAAUAUCAUCACUCAGACCAUGAAUCUGGGGUGCUGGGAUUGAAAAAGUCCCGGUCAAGCCAAAAGCCCUGCGUCAGAUAAUGGUGAAGUUUACAGUCUCUUCAGUUCAUAGUUCCACAAGUAAAAUUGUAAAUCUUAUUGCUAAUAUCACACUUUAAGCUGCAAAAUUUGAGGAAAAAACAACAAUGAUUGUAGCACAAACAGUUGAAUUACAUGCUGAAGUGUAAUACUUAACGUAUGCCCAAUUGUCUUAGCAAACAGCACUAAAACACACAAGAAAAAACUCCAGGUUUACAGAAAUGAUAUAAUACCUGCCAUUGGAGAUAGACUGUGCCCUCACUGCCAAGUAGACUCAGUCUUGGUGCUUUAUAUGAGCAACAGUUGUGAAUAUUUAGCCAGAAUCUCAACUCUGAGGUCUCCUUACACUGUGACCGACAUAUUCCUUAAGAGUCGUGAAGUUGAAGUGUGUAAUUUUCUCCUGACAGCUUAAUAUGCAGAGAUAAUUAUAAGCCAUUUUAGGUUGAUUUCACAGAAAAGUGUAAACACUGAUUCAAAACAUUGCUCUGUUUGUUUGAACUAUCCCUAGCAAUGACUCAACCAGUAGUGAGAGUUUAGGGUGGGGCUAUCUGUAUUUCUGAACAAUGACAAAUGAGUGGUUGGGAAACCUGUUUGAAAACAGUCACUAUUUUUUGUAAAUGUAUUUAGUGACGCAAAAAUUACACACUUCGACUUUAAAAACAUGACAGACUCGAGCUUCAUACACCUCUAUACAAUAAAUGAUCACUUCAUGGUUCAAUCAGUAUUAUUUCCAUGCGCCCUUUAACGCUUUUUUAGAUUCUGAUGUCGAAAUACAAAGUCAUAACUUGUAGUCGGGAAAAAAGAUCGCGUUUGCAUGUUGUACAGCUGUAAAUAUGGUCAAAGCAGUAAAGCACGCAUGAGUUACACAUUCAUUAUAUUGAAUUUGUGUUACGUAGUGUGAUGACAUGAAUGAAACAGGAAUGCAGCAUAGACACAGAGAGUUUCAAUCUACCCAAGUGUUUGUUGUGUGGAAUUAUUUUCUGAUAAUGUAGCUUUGAGUUAAAACCCCCAAAAGCUACAUAACUCCAUAACAGCGUUUUUAUUCUCAUAAAAUCGGUCACAUUAAAUGCUACGAGGAGUCACAUAUGGACCUUGCAACAGGAGAUAUAAGCCUAUGUUUCAGUUUAUACCUCUGUUCAAAAUACAGUGGUUUCAGGGAGAAAUGAGAGAUAAAUGAAAGAUGUUAUAUUUGUUUAUUAUCCUGUCCAGACAUUAAAUUGCGGGAUUAUGGGAACAGAAAAUAACCCAUUGGUGAUGUAAAGCAUGGGAUGUUGUUGAUAUUCAUAACGUGUUUCUAUGAAGAGUGUAAUUAAUGUAAAUAGCUUGAGCAGAUGCUUUUAUCUCGCAGUGAGUGCUUUGCUGUCAGGAGUACAAAACUAAAACGGAACAGGUACUGGCACUAAAUAAGUGCAAUUAAAAAAAAAAGAAAAGAAAAGGAGUGGUAAAAUGUAAAAAGCUUAAACUUAAAGGAAUGUUCUGGGUUCAGUCAAGGCUAUUGUCUUUUUAGGAAAACUGAGAAUGUUGUUCCAGGUCAUUCAUCGACAUCUUUACGCUACUAUGAUGGCAUUUCAAGUAUAAAUCACAGAAAAAAAUUGACUUUUAGCAGUAAAACACUAACACAAAUACCAACACAAUCUAAUUGCUGUUUCUAACUAUUUUACAUGUUGACAAAUUGGUGACUAAUCCAUAUGAGUUUCUACAAUCUCACUCGUAGAUUUUCAUAGGAUCUAUUUAAGCCCCAGUGACAGUUUUGUUUAGGGGUGGGGUUAGAAGUGGAUGUUCAUGUUACUUUUUUGCUAAAAAUCAUACAUUUUUAUCUGAAAAAAUUUAAGUAGGGAGGAAUUUGCACAAGUGCUUAAGCUGCAUUUCCAGUUCUUGACCCUUCAGAGACUUUUGACUUCCACUUCUUGACCCUUCAGAACAUUUCGCCCUAUAGACGUCCACUGUAUUGUAAAAGUGGCAAGUUUAAUUAUUGUCUGUGGUGACUGCCAACAUGCCACAUAUGCGGUCCAAAUGUACUUUUUUUUUGCCUCAUCCACCAUAUUUAUGAACAUCAGCAGCCAAAGUAAUGGCGAUAAAUACAGACAUUACAGCCCUUCAAUGGCUUUGACCCAUACAAUGUACCAGAAAACAUUUUUACAGAUCUCAGGUUAACCCUUAUAAAUGUAACGUUCAUGUGGAUUAAAUAUAUUGUAUCUCUGUUUAUGUGUUUUCAUUUCACAGCCAAUACUUGCUAAUGGGCUGCUAAUGGUCAUAAUUAUGGAUGAUGAGCCGGAAAGUCAUGUGACUGAAACGGGUGAAUAGCUAAAGCUGAACUUUGAGCAUUCCUUUAAAUCCAGUUUAUUCUAUGGGUGACGCCUUCCAAAACUGCCGUCUGUCCAAAAGGAUCUAUCUUUUUUUUUUUUACAGUGUCAUUUUAAAUAUCGCAAUGGAUUUUUUUGUUUGUAUUAAAGUAUAUUUAAAAGUUUAAUUCAGUGUAGAUAAUAGAAACACUGGUCAUGUACUGAAUAUGAAACAAAAUGCACUCAAAAAAACAGUGCAUUGCAUAUGUAUGAUUAUAAACCAACUGUACAGUAAUAGAGAUUUCAUAAGCUAAAUAUGGACAUGACCCAGAAUCAUAGGAGAAAGGAUGUGUAGUAUGAGGAUAUUUUACUUCCUCAGUGGUUGAGGAAGACAACUUGCAAUUCCUGCCUAACUGAAUUCAUUUAAAAUUUCAUACCAACUGUCAUUGCCUAAAAUAACCAGAUCUUGGACAUGAAUAAUUUUCCUUCCUGUUCCCGUUUCUAACAGUCUUAAAUAUUCAAUAGGCUGAGAAAAUGAACGUCUCGUUCUGUGCCUCAUUCACACAAAUCUGCCAAAAUUUGAGACGUUGUUUGGAAUGUGGUGUGUUUUCACUCAGACUGGAUGUCAACAAACUUAAAACUUCAUAUCAGGGUGUUUCUUCAACUAUGGUCACCUUUUGCCCUGUGAACUUUCAGAACUUUUAUAAUUCUUUAACCAACAAAUGUAAUUUCCAUCUCAUCACAAAUGGAAAUGACAUGUAAACAUUUUAGGAUGGCCAGUGUUGGAGCCAACGCAUUACAAGUAAUGCAAGUUACUUAAUCAGAUUACUUUUUUAAAAAACAUAUCUAGUAAAGUGAUUGCAUUACUUUUAAAUUUAACAGAAAAUGUCCAAGUUACUUUUUCUAAUAAGUAACUCAAGUUACUUUGUUUUUCCAUUUAAUCGCUGACAGCUCUCUUCUCUUGUCCCCUUAUUGAGGAGUGAGGUGCAUAGGCAGAGGCACUUCCUUUAGCCUGAGGCUUUUAAUUUAAUUUCACUUUUGGUGGGAAAGGGCUUUUACAGUUACCACAAAUAUUACUAUUCAAAAUUAAGUUCGGCUUAGGUGAAAAAAGUCAUGCAAAAGGAACGUAAUGGAUUACUUUCCAUACAAUGUAACUAAGUUACUUUUUAUGGAGUAAUGUAUGGAAGCAGAUUAGUCUCAAAUAUAAUUCACGCAAAA